CAACACUGAACACCUACAUUGACAUAUUUUUCCUCAGUAUACACUGGGGUUUCGAUAGGGAGGGUCGUGAAAAUGACCGGAGUGGACGAAAUAUUGAACUAUCAAAAAAACCCUGAAGACGACUUCUAUGGAUUGCUGGGUUGUGAUGAAAAUUCCAGUGUUGAGCAAAUAAACGCAGAAUACAAAGUUCUGGCAUUGCAACAUCACCCUGAUAAGAAUGAGGGUGACAAAGAAGCAGAAGCGAAGUUCCAAAAACUAAAGGAGGCCAAAGAGACACUGUGCGACCCAUCUAAGAGAGCUCUCUAUGACAAGUGGAGGCAGAGCGGCAUUUCCAUGGGCUACAAACAGUGGCUCGGCAUGAAGGAGCAUAUCCAGCAGUCCAUGCACUGGUCCAAGCCCAACACUAAAGAUCGCAUGCUGGAGGACGAGUCCGGCCGCUCCUCUGGCCCUUCCAGCCUCGGGCCUACCAAUGCGGCCGCUCGUCGGGCCUCAGAGGGGGGCGCCAAUCUUUGGGGCCGUUGGGGUGGAGGCAACCAGGAACCCCCCUCUGAAGUCAUUUCUAAAUUCCGCAACUAUGAGAUCUAAUCUCCUGCGGUAGAUUGUUUUAGUUU